AUGGGCCUCACCUGGGAGAUUGGCGAGGUGUCGGAGCCAGAUCCUUCUCGAUACAGGUGGGCCCAGUUCAGAGUUGCUGGGAUGAGUGGCCCGGCGGUCAGUGAGGAUGUGGCGGAUACCGCCCAGGAACGACUACAGCGUCUCCUGCAGGGGCUGGACCAGUACCAACUGGAGGGGCUUGUGCUGAGCCUGCAGUGCCCAGAGCUUGUACAGCCGCAGCCCGCAGCCCUGCGCUGGGCGUCGCUGAGGGGCAGUGGUGUGGCAGAGCUGGCGAGUCUGCUGCCCGAGCUCUGGCCAGGACGUGCCUGGGAGGAGGUGCUGGGCCGCGUCUUCCGCCACUUGGGCCUGCCCUUUUCUCAGGAGGAAAACCAGUGGAACCCCAAGACGGUGUCCCAGAGCCCCCUGAGAUGCCAGAAGACAAAGGCUGCGGAGCAGAACCCGCCCCAUGGCGGAGGCUCCCCGACGCCGGGCUCCUCCCGACCCCCCGCUUUCCUCGCAGCCCACUGGCGGCGCUACCGAGAAGCGCUGAAAGAGCACAUCCUGCGCCUGUGGGCCCGCACCCCCUGGCCCGAAGGCCACAUCCUUCUCCGCCACCUCACUGCGCAGGAGCACCGGGAGCUGGAGCGCGUCCUGAGUCCCCGCGGGCCGGGCGCGCGGCCCCUGGCCGUGGUCCUGGAGGGGGCCGCGGGCGUGGGCAAGUCCACAGUGGCGGCCAAGCUGGCGCUGCACUGGGCCGAGGGCAGGCUCUUCCAGCGCCGCUUCUGCUUCGUGGCCUUCCUCAGCUGCCACCGGGUGAGCGAGAUGGGGGACGCCAGCCUGGCCGACCUGCUGGCCCUCCACUGGCCCCGCGACGCCCCACUCCCGCUGCGGGAGCUCCAGGGCCACCCCGAGCGGCUGCUGCUCAUCCUGGACGGCUUCGAGGAGCUGCCGCCGCCCCGCGGGGAGGCCCCGGGCCCGCGGGGCGCCGCCUGGCACCGGAGGCUGCCGGCCCCCCAGGUGCUGGCCGGCCUGCUGCGGAGGGAGCUGCUGCCCGCGGCCACCCUGCUGGUCACCUGCCGGGCUGCGAGCCGCAGGGCCCUGUGCCGCCUGCUGCCCCGGCCGAGCGUCCGCACGCUCCGCGGCUUCUCCGAGGCCGACCGCGAGGAGUACUUGCUGAGGCUCUGCGGGGACCGCGCCCGGGCGGCCGACGCCGUGCGGUGGCUGCGGGCCUCGGGGCCGUGGCUCGCGGCCUGCGCCGCCCCGCUGCUGUGUUGGGCCGUGGGCUCCGGCCUCGAGGCGCUGCGGGCGGCGAGCCCCCGUGUCCAGCUGCGGGCUCAGACCCCCACGGAGCUGUACGCCGCUCUCUUCUCCGGCCUGCUGGCCUCGGCCGGGGGCCGCGAAGCCUGGGGGGCCCUGUGCCGGCUGGCCGCCUGGGCCAUGUGGCGCUCGGCGGGCACCGUCCCCACGCAGGAGCCUGAUGGCGGGGCCCUGCCGGAGCCCUUCGUGCAGGCCCUGCUGCGGCUGGGCGUCCUGCGGCCCGUGGCCGGCUGCGAGGGGGGCUGUGUGGCCUUCGCCCACCCCAGCUUCCAGGCCUUCUUGGCCGCCCUGUUCUACGUGCUCAGGGGCACCCGCGGCUGCCUGGGCGGGCUCCCCAAGCAGCAGGAGCUGCACGCGCUGCUCGGGGCGGCGCUGGCCGACCGGGCCGCCUACUGGGAGCGCACGGCGGUCUUCUUCUUCGGCCUCCUGCGCCCCGACGUGGCCAGGCCGCUGGAGGAGGCCCUGCCGGGCACCUUGGGCCGGGCCGCCGCGGAGGAGCAGCUGCUGGAGUGGGCCGAGGGCCUGGAGACGCCGCUGCCCGCCCCGGCCGGCCACUCGCUGCUCUUCCAGUGCCUGCGGGAGGCGCGCGAGGCGGCCGUGGUGCGGGGCGUGCUGGGCCACCUCCGGGAGGCCGACGUGCAGGUGUGCGGGAGCCUGCAGCUCCGCGACGCCGCCUUCUGCCUGCGCGAGUGCCGGGGCCUGCGGAAGCUGCGGCUCUCGGUCUCCGGCCUCCUGCCCAUCGUGGACGCGGACUCCGGCGGCAAGACCCGCGGGGCAAAGGCAACCUCUUCCAAGAUGCGCCAGUGGCAGGACAUCUGCUCUGUGUUUGGCUUUGGGGCAGUGCAGGAGCUGGACCUGAGUAACAGCACCCUCAGCACCCUGGCCAUGAAGAGGCUCUGCAGGGAGCUCCGGAGCCCCCGGUGCAAGCUCCAGAGACUGAUGUGCCGCUGUGUGGGGCCCCCACGAGUUCUUAGGGAGCUGGCCGUGGUCCUGCACGGGAACAGCAGGCUCAUGCACCUCGAUCUGAGCGCCAAUGACCUGGGGCUCACCGUGUCUACCAUCCUCUUCAAGACCCUGCAGCAUCCGGCCUGCCAACUUCGAAUCCUGCGACUGGAGUCCUGCCAUCUUCCUGCACAAGCUUGCAGGAGGCUUUUCCAGGCCCUGGGCCAGAAUUUGAGCCUGACCUUUCUCAGCCUGGGAGACAAUGACCUGGCCUCCCUCAAGGACAUAGCCCUGCCUGCACCCACCGAGGCCACCCCGCAACCCCCACAAUACCCCCCGAGGAAAGUUUGCCUGGAGAAAUGCAACCUGACGGCUGACACCUACCAGGGCCUGGCCUCGCUCCUUGUCAGCACCCGGUGGACCACGCAUCUGUGCCUGGGCUUCAACCCGCUGCAGGAUGAAGGGGCUCAACUGCUGUGUGCUACUCUGGCACACCCCGAGUGUGCCCUGGAGAGGCUGGAGCUCUGGUUCUGCCACCUGGGCGCCCGCAGCUGCCAGUCCCUGUCGGCUGCGCUUCUGCAGAACUCGGUGCUGACCCGCCUGAAUCUGCGCAGGAACUGCCUGGGGGACGAGGGCGUGGCAGGGCUGUGUCCUGCCCUGAGCGGGCCACACUGCAGGCUGCAGCAGCUGGACCUAUCAGCGUGCUCCUUCUCAGCCCCUGGCUGCCGGGCGCUGGCAGCCGCCCUCCGGAACAACCACAGCUUGCAGAGUCUGGACGUGGGCGAGAAUGAGAUCGGAGACGCAGGCGUGGGAGCCCUGAGCAAGGCCCUGGCAGCCAGUGCUUGCGCACUGACUACGCUGGGGUUACAGAAGUGCCAGCUCACGGCUGCAGGCUGUGAGCACCUCUCCCGCUUGCUUCGGCGCAGCAAGAGCCUGGCCAGCCUGAACAUGCUGGGGAAUGACCUGCAGCCCCAGGGGGUCAGCAUGCUCUGGAGAGCCUUGAAAUCUGCCCAGUGCCCACUCCGCAAGCUCGGCACCUGCCCAGUGCCCCUGUGGGUUGGCCGAGUGAGGAGGAGCUGGCUUGGCUGUGUCCUCACCCCACUACCCACCUCACCCCAGGCUGGACAGAAACUUGCUCCAGGUGGCGAAGGAAAUGUGGAGCCCGGACUCAGCUCUGAAGAUCCAGUGCUGGUGGGAUUCCGGGGAUUCAGAGACCAGGUGGUGGUGGGUCAAGGAUUGUGGAAACCCCAAAUCAACAAAGUCACCAUUCGAAGGAAGUCUGAUGGCUUGCCAGCCCAGCCCGGCCAUGUUCGGCCAGUGGCCAGGACUUCCCGGGACUCUGUGCUGGUGACCCCCCCAGGUCGCCUCCUGGCCAUGGAAGUGGACCUUCAGGUUUCAGGUUCCAAAGACCGCAGAUUGGUCCUCAUGUCCCCUCCCCAGCUCCCAGCCCAGAUCUUCAUCCACAAGGAGCGACACCAUCAGCGCCUCUGCCACACGUGGCUGUAA